ACGCGGUCGGUUUGUUUACAUUGUUAAAUUUCCUAUGGUUGUGUUCGGGACGUUUGAAAUUGCAUCAACAACUUUAAAUAACAAUCGAAUAACAAUAAAUUAAGUGUCAAUCAAAUGAAAGAAGAGGUUCGUAGAAAAUUCCCGUACGAAAUUAUUUAUUCUCUAUUCAUCCACCAAUAUCAUGGAUUUGGAAGACAAAAUCAAGCCUGCACUCAACAUCAUUCAUGGCAAAGAACUCAGUACUGAGGAGUUCCAACAUUCAUUGUUUGAAUACUUUGAAGAAAAGGGUAUUUUAUCAAAUUUGAGGGCACACCUUCGGUCGCAGAUGGUAAAUGUGUUGCAGGAGACUUGUUUGGGUAAAGCAAUUAUAUCAAAGAAGCCUGAAAUAUCACCAAAACUUCAAGCACAAAACCUAUUAAUUGCUGAGUAUCUGCUUCAAAGAAACUAUCACUACACAUUGUCCGUAUUAAGUUCAGAAGUACCUUUAAACAAUGUGUUUCCAUCUAAGCCCAUAGAUUGCCAGAACAAAAGUCCUGCAUUUAGAUUUGCAAAGAAUGAUUUGAGUGAUAUCCUAGAAGCUAUAGGCUUCAAUAGACAGCCAGAAUUGGCUGACAUGCUUCUUUUGAACUAUAAAUCAAAUGAUAAGGAGUCAUUGCUUACAUGUAUAUUGCAAAGUGUUCCAGGUUUAAUAGGACAAUGUAAUACAGCAAAACAAGAGAAUGUUAAUACUUGGCUGAGCAAGCAAAACAUGAAUUCACUAAAUCUAGAAUCAAUGAUUGGCUUGUUCAGAUCAGCAGGUGUGCACAUUGAUACCAUUUUACAAAUUUGUGAAUUAGUUAAAGAAGCAAUUGUUAAAGAAGUCUCAAGUUUGAAGCAGUUGAAAGAUGAUCAAUUGUCCAAAAUGAAAAAGAAAAUGCAUCAUGAGGCGUCGUGUAAAAUAAAGAGAUACAAAGAAAAGGUUGCUAAAUUAGAGACAUUCUACAAACAAGAAAAGAAGCGAUUAGAAAAUGAGUUGAAAAACACAAAAGCAAAUUUAAAUGAAGCAACAAAUCAGGUGCAAGCUAAGUAUAAUGAUAUUAAUGAAUUAAACACUCAUAUAAAAGAAUUAGAAGCGCGUUUGAAACAACAAGAGGUAACGUUGCUAACCAAGGAAUUGACGCUUCAGCAGCGUCAGGAGUAUCUUGAGAAUAGGCAAAGCCAAAUAGACCAGCAAUUUGACGAAAUACGAUUGGUAUCGCGGUCUCAACAAGCAUUACCGAUUGUUAUUGAAACUUGUGAGCAAGAAACGGGAAUGCGAAAAACUGAAUGUAAGGAAACAGGAACGAAAACCAUCACAGGAACCACGGCGAGUGUUGAAACAAUGGAAAAUCAGCGAGAAGUUGAAUUAGUUGCUGAAAAUACACAAUUGAAGCAGAGCAGCGCCGAGAUGCAGGAUAAAAUCACCAAGCUAAAGGAUGAAAACAUAUCAUAUCAGAAUAAAAUUCAGGAGUUACUUCUCCGAACGAAUUCUCUUUUAACACAACUUGAAUCACGUGGCUACGAUGGAAGAAUUCGAUCAACUAUUUCCAUGCGCAAUAUGCGUCUUUUCUUUCAAGACGGCGGCGAAGAAGAUCAGAUUGGUCCUGCGUCGUCACCCCAUGAAUCACGCCGAAAGAAACCUCCCUGUAUUGUCAUUCCAUGUAGCAGUUCCGACGAAAUUACACCAACAGAUGAAGUUUUGCAGGAAGCAAAAGAACGUUUGCUUGAACUGGAACGCGAAAGUGCCGCUAUUGACAAACACUUUGAAACACUACCGAAAGGCACUCUGCGCACUGUUGAUUCUAACGCAGCUUGCUUAAUUCAGAACUUUCAGAGCAACGUAGCGUUAAUUCGUGACAGUCUAACUAAGAUUUUUCCAACUGAAACACGUCACAACCCGACCCCGCAGAGUAUCCACUCUGAACUUAAUAUUCCGGGAAAAAACUGUGUGAACAAUACCAAUGAAACGCAUGAAUUUACAGAAGUUAUAGAAACAUGCAAUGCUGCUGGUGACGGACCUCAAGUUGUGUUAGAAUGUAAAUCUAAACCACCUGAAAUAGAUGUUAUAUGUGAAGAAGAUGAAGAAAUUGAUGUUUAUAACAGUACAACCUCAAGUGGUAUGAUCAUCAACACGUCGAUAUCAACCGUGGAUGUAAGUGAGGAAGCUGGUCGAUGUUCAUCUCCAAUGUGGCUGGAUGUAGAUUAAUUUGGAUUGGUAUUUAAUGUUGCUGAAAUGCAGUUGUCAAGUUUAUGAACAUUUGAAAUAUUGGGUUUAUGAUCCUCUAGUCAACAAAAGAAAACUGAUGGUUAUUGUUGGCUUGUUAGGUGAAUUAUCUUGUAAUAAUCUAGUCUGAAAUAAACGUGUGAUAAAAGUA